AGGGCGCGGGGCGCCGCAGCGCUUUGCCUCUCGCCCCCCCCGCUCCGCACCUGUCCCGUGGAGGCGCCCCGCGGGGAGGCGGGGCGGGCGCGUCGCUCAGCGCCGGCGGGAGAUGCGAAGGGGCUGAGCGGGAAGGCGGCGGCGCUCCCUCGGCUCUGCCUCGCCUGCCAGUCCCUCAGCGCCCGGCUCUCCUUCAGCGGCCUCCUCAGCCUCCAGGCCUCCCUCCCGACGAUACCCCGCGCCAUGUCCUUCCGCCAGAGGAGCCCGCACGGCAGCGCGAAGAGCAGCCCGCAGCACGCCCCGCGCUGGGCCCAGGCGCGGAAACGCGGCGCCGAUGGGAAGCGGCGGAGGCAGAACGAGCCCGAAUCCUCCGUGUUUGAGGAAAACAAGCCCAGGCCUGAGGACAGCCGGCUGGACAGUUUUACAACACCAGAAGGUCCUGGACCCCUUUCCAGGUGUUUAGACUGGGGAACUGCAGUGGAAGAAGAUGAAAUGAGGACCAAUGUUCACAAAGAAAUUGCAAGACACAGAAGAAAACUCCUGAUAAAUGAAUUUUCAAGAGAAAGGAAGUCCUCCUCAGGAAGUUCUGAUUCAAAGGAGUCCACGGUGACAGUAGAACUGGAAACAGAUGAGGUGGUUUUGAUGAGAAGACAAAAACAGAUAAACUAUGGAAAAAACACAAUUGCAUAUGAUAGAUACAUUAAAGAAGUUCCUAGAUGCCAUCGUAUACCAGGAGUUCAUCCCAGAACUCCAAACAAAUUCAAGAAGUACAGCCGUAGGUCAUGGGACCAGCAGAUCAAACUGUGGAAAGUGGCACUGCAUUCCUGGGAUCCUCCAACUGAAGGAGGAUGUGAUCUGCAGGAAAUUUGUCCUGUUGACCUUGGUGAGAUGGAGACAGAAUCUGUUGGAAGCAAUUCUACUGAAUCUCAAACGAGCUGUCAAGAAAAUGAUGAUACCUGUUCUGGCACUCCCACCAAAGUUAGACAUGUUGACUAUCAAGCAGAAGGAGAAUUUGACUUGGAAGUGUGUUUGAGUGAGCCACUGAAAGAAUUUGAUACUGUGAGUUAAAUAGUCUUGUGCAACCUGUUUUAGAGAACAUUUAUUUUAAGCUUGAGAGGUUAGCUUGGUCCAUAACCUUUUAAUAGUAAGAAACCUGCAGCAAAGUUGAAGACUGUUCUCAAAGCUGUGAUUGGUCUAGGUAUUCUCCAGGCCAAACUUACAUGAAAUUGCAAUUAAGUUGUAUGACUUCUUGUUAACUUUUAAUUUAUGUAUAUCAGAUUUUUU